UCACAGCGGCAACGAGUCUCGCUGUGAGCACAGUUGGUGUGUUUUUAAAUCGCACGAACGGAAAGAUACGAGUCUCACGUAGCCCCGACAUCGUGCGUUCCGACAGUCCUGCGGCUCUUCUCGAACCGUUCGCUUAUAACCAAAAAAUCAUCGAGUGCGUCCAAAAUUUCCUUCGCCGUGAACCUAAAGCUUCCAGUUUUUUUUCCACUCACGAAAUCUACGUGGCUCCGUGAACCAUGAGCUGCGCUUACGGCUGUGCCAGGUGGCUUCUUUUUCUCUUCAACUUUAUUUUCACACUAUGUGGCCUGGCGAUACUCAUAGUGGGCAUUAUAAUUCAUCUACAAGUGAAAAAUGUUGCUGAAAUUCUCGAGGAAAAUGUCUCAUUCCCGGCAAUCGCGCUCAUCGUCGUGGGGGCCAUUAUUUUUACCAUCGCAUUUUUCGGAUGCUGCGGCGCUAUUCGCGAGAGUCAUUGUAUGAUUGUCACGUUUGCGAUGCUUUUGCUGACGAUCCUGGUUAUCCAAGUGGCCAUUGCGAUUUUCGCUUUCAUCAAGCUGCAGGGAGUCGAAAAGGACGUUAUCAGGGAAUCUUAUACGAAGGCAUUCGACCAGUAUUGGACCAACGAGGAUGAUCGAAAGGUCAUCGACUGGACCCAAACGACGUUUGAGUGCUGCGGCGUUGAUAGUUAUAAGGACUACUUCACAAAAGGGAACGGAACCGUACCUGGAAGUUGUUGCGAUCACGCCGAAAAUUCAAACAAAGCGAUCUGCACCGGGGACUAUUAUCUCAACGGUUGCUUGGAGAGGACCAAAGAAUUUUUGCAAUAUGCUGGCAUCCUUCUGGGCGGCGUUGCCAUCGGAAUUGCCGUUAUUGAGUUCAUCGGCAUAAUAUUUGCUCUUUGCCUGGCCAACUCGAUACGAAACGCCGAACGCAGAGGCUACAGGGUCUGAGCUGUUGGCCCUCUAAACUAAGUUUCCCAUCGAUACGUAUUAUUUUUCUAUUCGUGAAACAAACAAAAACCAUUUAUUUUUCGAUACCUUUAUUUCUCGUCUGCGGUUAGCCACGAUAUUCGCAUAUGUUAAUACGUCCGAAUUCUCCAGAAAUCGAAACUUUUGAGGUUCGAUGUAUCAAUUGAAUGCGAAAAAUAAUCCUAGCGAUUCGAUCCAAACGUACAAAAAUGACCAGUUAUUAUGCGUCCUGGAGCCGCAAAAAAAUAAAUGUUCGUAUUGCCGACAGUAUCCAUCCAAUUAAAUUUUUGUUAGUCAUAAUUAUUACUAAUACUUCGUUAUUAUUAUAAAUAUAUAUUUAUAUAUACUUUCGAUUUAAGACUUUUCACGCUUUUAAUAAAGCCGUACCUCAAUUAGGA